AUGUCUAUUCCCCAAUCCUGCAAAGCCUUUAGGCGAACCGCCGACAACUCCUCCGUCGAAAUGGUGGAGGAAAAGAUUUCCCCUCCCCAACCCUCGCAGGUUCUCAUCCGCAUCCACGCCGUCUCCCUCAAUUACCGAGAUGUCGCCAUGCUCAACGGAACAUACCCAGUCCCUAUCAUAGACCGCGGAAUUCCGGCCUCGGACUGUGCGGCAGAGGUUGUUAUGGUUGGUUCUGAAGUGAAGGACUUCCAGCCCGGAGAUCGUGUUACGGUGAUUUUCGACCUGAACAACAUCACGGGUACCGAGAAAGAGUUGAAGUUACUUGCUUCUGAUGUGGAUGGUGUUCUAAGGCAAUAUGCCGUGUUUGAUCAGAGUGUCUUGGUUCAUUUGCCUAAACAUCUCUCCUGGGAGGAGGCCGCCUGUAUCACCUGCGCCGGACCAACUGCAUGGCUCGCAAUGAACAUGCCGCGAACUAGCGGUGUCGCGUUGCUACAUGGAACCGGUGGAGUCAGCAUGUUUGCACUCCUCAUCUGCCUGGCAGCAGGCAUCAGGCCCAUCAUCACAUCGUCAUCCGACGCAAAGCUCUCAACCGUGCAGGCUCUCGGCAAAUCCGGACUCGUGCAGACCAUCAACUACAAGACUCAUUCCAACUGGGGAGAAAAGGCGCGCGAGCUCACUGGUGGACAAGGCGUUGAUGUUGUGGUUGACAAUGUUGGUCCGACCGCUAUUGUUCAAAACCUUCUUGCUAUUGCACGACGGGGCGUCGUUUCUCUCGUGGGCUUUCUGGGCGGAUUCAAAGUUGAUGAGCACCCUGAUGUUCUUGGUCCGGUGCUUUUGAAGAAUGCGGUUAUAAGGGGAAUUACCCCGGGCUCAAAGGUUGACCUGCAGAACGUGUGCAAGUUCCUGGAGGAGAAGGAAGUACAGCUGAAGCCUUUGAUGGAUGAUAAGAUCUUCUCUUUUGAGAAUUCGAAGGCUGCACUUGACUAUCUAUACGCUGCUAAGCAUAUGGGCAAGGUGGUUAUCAGGAUCUAA